GCUGCCUCCCUCACAGCCAAGAUGGCGGCGGCCGCGCGCGCGCUGAUGGUCCUUCCCCGUGCCCUCCGUGUCCCCAGCGCCACCCGGCAGUUCCACAGCAGCCCCGUGUGCCUCAAGGCGCGGGCGGCGCGGGUGCGCGCAGGCAAGGGUGACAAGAUGGUGACGUACGAGCAGGCGCACGCCCCGCAGCACAUCGGGCACCGCAAGGGCUGGCUGUCCCUGCACACCGGUAACCUGCGCGGCGAGGCGGGCGCGGCGCCCCGUGCCCUGGAGGACGCGUUCCUGCGCCGGUUCCUGGCCGGGACGUUCCCGGGGCUGCUGGCGGACGAGGCGGUGCUGAAGCGGCGCGGGAACCUGCUGGUGAUCUGUGCCCUGCUGGCGCGGGCCCUGCCUCCCCACAAGCUCUACUUCCUGCUGGGCUACGCCGAGACCCUGCUGGGCCACUUCUACAAGUGCCCCGUGCGCCUGGAGCUGCAGACCGUGCCCGCCCGCACACUGUCCCGGUGUCACACUGUCCCGGUGUCCCUGUCCCCGAGGUGA